AUGUCCAGCCGCCAGCGAAUAGACCCGUACCUGGCACACCACCUGGAGGCUCGAAACGCAUACUACCCGCCGAUCUACGGGCCCAAGGACGGCAAAAACAGGCGCAACGCCAGCGCCGGGUCGACCACGAGCGUGAACUCGGGCAACAGCGUGAGCAGCGCCAGCGCCAGCAUCACCACCGCCGAGAGCGACAGCCACAGCAUCCACAAUCCAUACUCCAUGAGCACGAACACCAAUACAAACACAUACUCAAACACGAACUCGAACUCAAACACAAACACAUACGCAAACACCACCACGAAUAGCAGCAUCAACAACACAAACGCAAACAAUUCAGGCCCGGGCCACACGCACACGGCGUCCGUGGCCAGUUUGGGCAGCAACCCCUACGGCACGCCGCAGCGGCACCGCACGUCGGCCAGCCUGAUCUUCUCGUUGCGCAAGACGCGGGACGACGACGCCGCGUCCAUUGCCAGCAGCGGCAGCCCGCGCCACCUGCGGGCCGCGUCGACGUUUCUGUUCCAGCAGCCCGACGACAAGAAAAAGGACCGCAAGACCAAGAAACGGCCCGACGCCAAGCAGGAGCGCGACAGGAAACAAGACGACCGCGACCGCCUCGACACGAGCGACGACCGCCCGGCCCGCACGGCGCUGCUCCCGCUCCUCUCGCGCAAACCGCGCGACCCGCUCGUUCGCCCUGUAAACCCGGUCGACAUCGAGCGCAUGUUCCGCGAGUUGAUGGACCGCCGCGACUUCCGCUCGCUCCCGCCCGCAGCACGCCAGGAAAUGCUUGCUUACGGCGUCGACAAGAAGUGGAUGUUGGUGUAUCAGGAUGCGCUCAGCGAACAGCACAAGCAGGGCCCUCGUGCGCCGGCCACGCCCGAGUUCUACACGCGGCGGCUCAUUGCCAAGACCAUCACCACUGACGAGCUUGGCAACUUGUGGGUGCUGUUGCGCACGGAGCCGAUCGACUGGGUGCGGGCGUUCAUCUUUGAUUUCCAGGGCGACGUGGCCUUGUCCAACUACCUUAUCAAGACGCAUGAGCAGAUGGCCGCGGGCGAUAUCGACGACGUGCUGGACGACAUCUUCAACCGCGAGUUUGCCAUCCUCAAGUGUCUCCGGUGCAUGAUGAACCAGAAACUCGGCGCCGAACGCAUCCGCACCGACGACGCCAUCUACAUUCUGGCAGUGACGGGCCUGCUUCUCUCGCCUCGAAUCGCCACGCGGAAAACCGCAGGCGACACCUUGACUUUCAUGCUUGCCUACUACAAUGACGACUUUCAGCUGAAACACCACAAGAUUCUUCGCGCCCUCGAUGCGCUCUCGGCACGCCCAUAUUUCGAGUUCGUGGCGCCUACGCCUCAGAACAAGAAAAACUUACAGCGACGUCCGCCGGCGCCUGACCAGUACCGUCGCUUUGAGCUCUGGCUCCAACUUGUGGCAAAGACUCUUGACGGGAAAGGGAAGUACAAAAACUCGCUUGUGGGAGCUAGCGAUGACCUCAAAACGGCAAUGUACGGCCUGAGCUCCAUGAACUCAUCCCACGUCGAAAAUCAGCUUCUCGAGUACUGCUUGAGCACCAUGCUUCUUCUCAACAAAAUCGUGGAGUCGGGCCUAGACUUCCGGGUCCGUAUUCAUCUCCGCGCUCAACUUCGUGCAGCAGGGCUUGACAUUCUUAUGGCCAAGUUCCGCGAGCUAGGCUACGAAAGUUUGGGUCGCCAGUGUGAUGUGUAUCAAGAGUUGGCCGAGGCAGAUGAGUUUGAGUUGCAAACCAAAGAGCAAAUCGAUGACAAGGUCGACUUCAACGAUCCCGUUGACUUGGUGCGCUCCUUGUGGCUGUCAGUACAAAACUCUGAGGCCGAGGGACAUUUCAUCAGCGCGAUACAGCACAUUUAUCUCAACCAGGUAGAGAAGAAAGAUAAUGCGGAGGACUUAGCCAGGAGCUUGCGUCUUCUCGAUGGCAUUGUGCAAAAUGUUUCCAAUGUUCAUACAACAAACGACGAUUCGGCAGUCGGAAUUGCUAUUAACAGGCUCUUUGCCGGUCUCAGCACAGACGACAUGUAUCGAAAGGCUUUGAGCGAAGCAAAAACAUACAAGAAACUCGCAGAGGAAGCAACAGCAGAAAGAGACGAAAUGUCCCGCCAACUUUCUUUGGGUGCAGAAGGGCUCAUUGCAAACCUUACCAAGGAUCUACGAGAGGCUGAAACUGUCCUUGCGCGGACGAGACGUUCGAAGGAAGAGCUCCAAGAAGAAAUUGAGGAGUUGAAGCGCAAGGUUCUUGUUCAGAAGCAGGAGCGUGAAGUGGAGAUGCGUGAGCUAUUAAUUAUGCUCAAUAAUUCUGAAAUCAAAGCCCGCAAAGCUGGUAGAAAAACGACCGUGCUGGUGGAGACAGAUAACGAGAAGCUUAUUAAAGAGCUUCAGAAGAAGGUCCAUCGCCAGAGAGCAGAGUACAAAUUGGACAACAAACAGCUCGGAACCCAUAUAGAACCGAGCGCACGUUUAAGGGCAUUGCGUGAACAAAUGAAUGAUAUUGAAAACUUGGCCAGAGAACUUGAAAUGACCGACUUUGAUACCUAUACAACCCCACGACCUGAAGUGACGGAGGAAACCACAGAAGAAGUUUCGGAGAGCGUUUCGCCUACAUCUAGCUCCUUUGACAGAAUUGAAGAGCAAGAGUCAGAGGAAGAGUCCGAUACAGAAGUAGUAGUUAUACCCGAGGGACCGAAGAGAGGUUGCCGAUCCGAUGAUUUAGAGAAACUUUCAAGCUUGAGGAAAAAGCUCGCAUCCUUGCAGAACGAGUCGAAUGAUAUUAUGAAGUUCAACAACAGUGCCAUGUUCUCCAAACAAAAGUACUUAGCCAUGGAGAGAUUACGUGAACUUGAACUUAAUUUCAAGGACUUUAACAUUGAUUUCAAUUCUAAUGAUGAUGACAUCAUGUCUCAAGAUGUUGAAGAGGACAUGAAACUAAAGAUACAAGAAGAGCUCGAAAAUGCUAAGAAGGUGAAUCAGGAAUUAAACGCGCAACUUCGGGCCUUAAAGGAUAAGAAAUCUAAGCGUUACUCAGUUAACCCUUCGUCUGAUGUAUUGAAGAAACUUGAAAAAGAGUACGGCCAAGGAAAGGUGAAAUCCGAUAGUACAGACGUUACGAGAAGUACAAACGCCCCAGUAAGGGACUACAGAAAUAAUAGACUUUCAUCUAUCAAUGGCAAGAGUCCUCAUUUCCUCAAGGAAUUGAGCUCCAAGGUUCUGAAAACCGAAGCGAUCACUCCUUCUGACGAUGAAAGUGACCAGUUCGAAGAUUCUUUGGAAGUUGUGCAGAAGCCAUCGUCCAUCCCACCUCAAGCUAAAUCCACCCCUGCACCGCCUCCGCCUCCGCCACCUCCACCUCCACCUCUUCCAGGGUUAUUAAGUGAAGCCAAUUCCCAGUCAGCUCCACCACCACCGCCACCUCCUCCACUUCCUCCCUCACUUGCCGGUCAAGGAGGUACACCGCCACCGCCACCACCACCACCGCCUCCUAACUUUGGAAGCCCUGGAGCUCCUCCUCCACCGCCGCCUCCACCGUUCCCUACUUCGAGGACACCUUCAGUCUCUGUCGAGGCAUCUCCUGAGCCUCGGGAGAUAUUGAGUCUGUUCCCUAGACCGAAGAAAAAGAUGAAGCAAUUGCAUUGGGAGAAAUUUGAUUUGUCUGAGAACAGUUCGAACACUUUCUGGCAGAACUCCAAGCCUGAAAGUAUGGUUAGUGAUUUAAUGGAUAAAGGUAUUUUGGACGAAAUUGAAGCUAUCUUUGCCGCCAAAGAAAUCAAGAAGCUUGCCACAAAGAAGAAGGAGAAUAUUGAUAGGGUAACCUUUUUACCAAGAGAUAUGGCUCAACAGUUCGGCAUCAAUUUGCAUUCUUUCAACUCUUAUCUGGAUGAAGAGGUGAUACAAAAAAUCUUACGUUGUGACAAGGAUGUCUUGGAAAGUCAAACAGUGCUCGAAUUUCUUGCUAAGGAGGAAAUUGUGGAAGUUUCUAAUGGUUUAGCCAGAAACUUAGAACCAUACUCCACAGACUACAAAGCUGAUGUGAUAUCCAAACCGGAGAAAGAUCCUAACGAAUUACAAAGACCUGAUAGAAUUUACUUGGAGUUGAUCUACAACUUGCAACAUUAUUGGAAAUCCAGGAUUCGUGCCUUGAAAACCAUUGCCACAUUUGAAAAGGACUACGAAGAGCUUGUUCAAAAACUUCGCAAUAUUGACGAUACUGUAGAAAGUAUCAGACACUCCAAGCACUUGAGAAGUGUAUUUGACAUCAUCUUAGCAGUUGGUAACUAUAUGAACGAUACUUCGAAACAAGCAAAGGGUUUCAAAUUGAACUCGUUGCAACGUUUAAGUUUCGUGAAGGAUGACAAGAAUAGCAUGUCUUUCUUACACUACGUCGAAAAGACUGUGAGAACUAUGUAUCCUGAACUCUUGGGAUUCAUUGAUGAUCUCUCAAAGUGUAUGGAAGUGUCGAAAUACUCCAUCGAAAACAUUUCGAGCGAGUGUAGAGAGUACGCGCAAGCUAUAAAGAAUGUUCAGAGUUCAAUUGACAUUGGCAAUUUGAGUGAUGUUUCUGUUUUCCAUCCAAAGGAUCGGGUACUCAAGGUUGUCACACCAGCUUUGCCAAAGGCCAAGAGGAAAGCAGAUUUGCUUCUUGAUCAAGCAGAGUGUACUUUCAAAGAGUUUGACAAUUUGAUGAAAUACUUCGGCGAGGAUCCAGAUGACAGUUUUGUCCGUAACUCGUUCAUCAGCAAGUUCACAAACUUUGUGACUGAAUUCAAGAGAGUACAAAAGGAGAACCUCAAGAGAGAGGAAGAAUUGAAGGUAUACGAGCAAAGAAAACGGCUUCUUGAAAGCAACAACAAGCAAACGAAAGCUGCUAAGGAGAAGAAUGGAAGUGAAGAUGAUGGAGAUGCUGAUGUUAUGGAUUCUCUUUUAGAAAAGUUGAAAGCAUCUGGUCCAAAACGUGGGGAAGCAUCUUCUGCCAGAAAGCGGGCUUUGUUCAAGAAACACAUUAUGGAAAGCAUGAAACGGCAUGAUGACGGUUCUGCUACAGGAAGUCCAAAUGACUCGUUCUCUGAUCUACUGGAAUCUCAGAACGAAGACCCCAAUGAUGCAGAUAUAGGUUCACGUGCUCGGAAUUUACUUCAAGAAUUACGAAAAGAAGAGAGUUCUGACGGAGACCGUCCUAUGACUGCAGCAAGUCAGUUUCGGCAGCAAAGACAGCGGAGGAAGCAAAUAAAUGCUAAUUCAUCCGAUGCCAUCAGUGAAGAAAAGGACAUGCAGACGCAUGAAUCCGUCAAUGAGAAGGAAGAAUCAGAGAAAGAAGCUGGUUUGAAAGAUACAGGAAAGGAGAUAGAGACAAGCAAAGUAGGUGAAUCAGUUACGGUUCAAGAAUCCAGCGACCUUUGA